AUGAGCUGUAAUAUAUUGGGUGAUCUGCAGUCGAGGAGUAGUGACUCUGAUUCAGAUUCACAAUGUGAAGCGUCUGCGGCGUUUCAUCCGGCCAGAAGGCAUCACCUCCAACUGCAGCGCUCCUCAGAAAGUGACAAUGAGAAGAGCAUCGGAAGUGCUAGUGAUGUGAAUCUUAUCACCAUCACUAACUUAACUGAUUUCAAUCAAGUACCUCCUGAUUCAAGCAAUCGAAUUUUACGUUCCGUAUCGUGUGUGCUCGAAGAACAGCUCAAAAAGGCCGCUCAGAUGGGCACUCCGAUCAAGAAUUUGUUACGAGUGGCUGAUUUGAGAUUCAAGGGAACCAAACUCGUCUUUUAUGAGCCCUCUCUAAGUGGUAAAACUUUUUAG